AUGUCAGACCGAUCAUCUUCACGUGAAGAGCUACGGAUAGCCCUGUCAUCUCGCUCGAAAGCUAAGGACUUGCUCGUUUUGGAAAUGGAGACAAUGGGCGAGGAUUGGUUACUGGCCUUACAGGAUGAAUUCACCAAGCCGUAUUUUUUACAGCUCAAAGAGUUUGUGGUAGCAGAACAGAAGAGCAAGAAAGUUUUCCCGCCAGCUGAUGAUAUCUACUCGUGGUCACGAUUAUGUCCUUUGAAAGAUGUUAGAGUAGUCAUUGUGGGCCAAGAUCCAUAUCAUGACGACGGUCAAGCUCAUGGUCUAGCGUUUUCCGUCCGUAAAGGCAUGAGAAUACCGCCGUCUCUCCGUAACAUCUACAAGGAGAUGUCCGAAGAGAUUCCCGGCUUCGUACCGCCAAAACAUGGGUACCUGACAGAAUGGGCCAAGCAUGGUGUCCUGCUGCUCAACACAUCACUGACCGUCAGGGCGCAUGAAGCCGCCUCACACUCCAAUCGCGGUUGGGAGACGUUCACCGCUGCCGUGCUCAAAGUGAUAACUUCACGUAUGGCUCCGACAAAUUUGAAGGACUCGGAUCAUGUUCCAGGAGCCAAAGGGGUCGUCUUCAUGGCGUGGGGAGCACAUGCACAGAAGAUGUGUACGGGAGUGGAUAAGAACAAACACCUCGUACUUCGUUCUGCCCAUCCGAGCCCACUGGCAGCCAUGCGAGGGUUCUUCGGUAACGGUCACUUCAAGAAGGCCAACGCAUGGUUAAGGGAGCGAUAUGGCCCUGAAGGAGGCAUCGACUGGAAGGUCCUCAGUGCAGAUCAGUAA